AUGACGCCACAACGACAUGAGUCCACGCAGAUUUGCCGGGGGAAGGGGUUCGCUUUCGCCAGUGCAAUCGCCGACUUCUCAUUGACCGAGGACUACUUCGCAGAAGGCGACUUCUUUGACAGAUUUACGUUCUGGGAUAGCCGCGAUCCGACUCAUGGCUUCGUUCAGUAUCAGGCGAGGGAAAACGCCCAGGGGUGGCUCAUCGACAGCACGGCAACGAAGGCCCGAAUGCGGGUGGACAGCGACAGUUUCGCUUCACAGGGGCGAGCCAGUGUACGUAUCACGAGCCGAUCGUCAUAUCAAUUCGGCCUUUUCAUCGUCGAUAUCGAACACAUGCCAGGAGGGAUUUGUGGCACGUGGCCCGCUUUCUGGAUGGUCGGUCCGGAUUGGCCGACGCACGGCGAGAUAGACAUAGUGGAGGGUGUAAAUACUCAGGAGACGAACGCCAUGACAUUACACACCGGCCCAGGCUGCUCGACCGACACGGGACAGUCGGCGUACAACGGCUCGCUCGCGCUGACGGAUUGCAGUAGCUGGCCCGAAAGCAACGAAGGCUGUCAGAUUGCCGCGAGGGACACGAUGACUUAUGGAGGGCGUUUCAACGAUAUUGGCGGAGGGAUUUACGCAACGUGGUGGACAAGCACUGCGAUCUCGGUGUACUUUUUCCCCCGCCACGUCAUCCCGCCAGAUGUGCGGGAGGGCUCACCUGACCCGCAGCUCUGGGGCAGUCCGCUGGCACAGUUCCGUGGGGACUGUGACAUGUCUACAUCUUUCCGAGACUUGCAGAUGGUCUUUGACACUACGUUCUGCGGAGAUUGGGCGGGUGCGGACUGGGUGGGCGGUCAGUGUGCCUCACGGACCGGGCAGACCUGCGAGGAGUACGUGGAGCAGAAUCCAAAUGCUUUCACAGAGGCAUACUGGUCCAUCCGAGGCCUCAAAGUGUACCACGAGGUAGCCGGAGUAGCAAACUCGUCUGCAGGGACGCCAUCCCAGUCGAAUGCAGGUACUGGAACGCGUGUAUCCGCUAGACGGAGCACGGGUGCUGAGAUCACGAACUCGUCCUCUAUCAGUCUCCCGAGCAGUACAAGCGCACCUUACUCGAGCACAGUGAACAGCUCGAGUGCAUUUUCGAGUUCUUCGUGCCACUGA